UUGACCUCUCUUCGGUGGAGCUAGUUGAACCAAUCGCUGGGCUCGUUGUUGAGAAGUUUCUCGGAGGUCCAUACCCCUCGUCAACAUGAUGGGACCGCCAGGAAUACCGCCUCAUUACCCACCCCUCGGGAUGCCUCCCAUGGGACAGCGUCCGCCCAGCAUGACUCCUAUGCCUCCUGGUAUAAUGCCACCAAUGGGGGCCCCACCAAUGGGACAGAUGCCAGGCAUGAUGCCUCCCAUGAUGCCAGGGAUGAUGAUGCCCCCUCGCAUGCCAUCUGCGGCUGUACAGCCAACGGGACCGCCUGGUGUUGACUCCGCAGCUGCUGCACCUGGAACAGCUAGUACCACAAAUGGAUCUCCACAUGAAGAUCAGCUAAAGAAGAAGUCCCUGUGGACAGAACACAAAUCUCUGGAUGGGAAGACCUAUUUUUACAAUACAGAAACCAAGCAGUCCACAUGGGAGAAACCGGAAGAUCUCAAAUCUCCUGCAGAGCAAAUGCUGUCUAAAUGCCCCUGGAAGGAGUACAAGUCGGACGUAGGGAAGCCUUACUAUUACAACUCUCAGACGAAGGAGUCCAGAUGGACCAAACCCAAAGACCUGGAGGAUCUGGAAGCUAUGAUCAAAGCAGAGGAGAAUGGCACGGCAGAGGCCAUGGCUCCUGGCACCACAGCAACUCCUGCAGAUAAUGCAGCCGCUAUGGCAACCAUAAUGGAGGCGGAAGCUGCAACAGCGGUCUCAGAGGAGCUAUUGGCUCAGGUUGCCAUGCAUCAAACAGCUGAGGUCAAGACUUCAGACGCACCUGUGGCUCCCUCUGAGCUCUCCGCCACCACAGAGCUCACAGCCAGCGUUGAAGUCAUAAAAGAAGAACGACCAGAGCUUCAGAAGAAAACGUACAAAUGGAACACGAAAGAGGAAGCCAAGCAGGCGUUCAAAGAGCUGCUGAAGGAGAAGGGUGUGUCCUCAAACUCCUCCUGGGAACAGGCUAUGAAAAUGAUUAUCAAUGAUCCUCGCUACAGCGCACUUCCCAAACUGAGUGAGAAGAAACAGGCGUUCAAUGCCUACAAAGUCCAAACGGAGAAGGAAGAGAAGGAAGAGGCCAGGAUUAAAUACAAGGAGUCCAAAGAGACCUUCCAGAGGUUCUUGGAGAACCACGACAAGAUGACUUCCACCACCAGAUACAAGAAAGCAGAACAGAUGUUCAAUGAGCAGGAGGUGUGGAGCUGCGUACCGGAGAGAGACAGGCUGGAGAUCUACGAAGACGUUCUGUUCUACCUCGCUAAGAAGGAGAAGGAGCAAGCCAAGCAGUUGAGAAAGAGAAACUGGGAAGCUCUGAAGAACAUUCUAGACAACAUGGCCAACGUGACAUACAGCACCACCUGGUCGGAGGCGCAGCAGUACCUGCUGGACAACCCCACCUUCGCUGAGGACGAGGAGCUGCAGAAUAUGGACAAAGAGGACGCCCUCAUUUGUUUUGAGGAGCACAUCCGGGCGCUGGAGAAGGAGGAAGAGGAGGAGAAACAGAAAACUCUUCUCAGGGAGAGGAGACGACAGCGCAAGAACAGAGAGUCUUUCCAGAAAUUCCUGGACGAGCUCCACGACCACGGUCAUCUCCACUCCAUGUCCGCCUGGAUGGAGAUGUACCCGACCCUGAGCUCUGACAUCCGCUUCGCCAACAUGCUGGGCCAGCCCGGCUCCACUCCCCUAGAUCUGUUCAAAUUCUAUGUGGAAGACUUAAAGGCGCGCUACCAUGACGAGAAGAGGAUCAUCAAAGAUAUUCUGAAGGACAAAGGCUUCCUGGUGGAGGUGAACACCAGCUUCGAGGACUUUGGCUCCGUCAUCAGCUCAGACAAGAGAGCCACCACGCUGGACGCAGGGAACAUCAAGCUGGCUUUCAACAGUGUAAGACUGACAUGUUUCUCCUGUAGCUCCUUAAAGACCGAUGCUUCCAAUAAAGGGAACAGGAAGAUGUUUCCCCUUGCUGUCCAGUACUUCACUCCAGAGUCUGGUGUCACCAACAAAAUGCUGGACUUCAUAGAGAAUCCAGAUGAGUCAGCUGCUGGGAUU